AAUUAUAUAUAUAAGAAAAAAACCUCUCGUUUUCUUCUUUCUUUGCUUCAAAUCUUUUAUGGCUUCUUUCGUUGAAAUCAGUCGGCACAAUCUGAUUCCACUCUCAGUCACUUCUCUCUGUGCUUGCCCAUGCCGUCUCUUAUCCAACCGCUCUCCAAUAACCCCUAAACUCAAGCUUAACUUACUCUUUCAUGGUUCCCAACCGCUCUUCCGGCUUCGUCCUUCCAGUAUUUACUUCAACCGGCGGUUAAUUACGGUCGUGGCUCGUGCUGAACCCGACGAAAGCAAUGCCGAUGAGGAAAUUAACAAAGGCCAUGUGUUACCAGCAGCCAAGAAUUCUCUUUCUGAGCUACAACAUAAAUCAAGUCAGUUGAGAAAAAGGAUCGUUUUUGGACUUGGUAUUUGGAUCUCUGUUGGAGGUGCUGUAUUGGCUGGAGGAUGGGUUUUUACCUUGGCUUUGGCCGCUGCUGUUUUACUUGCUGCACAUGAGUAUUUUGAACUGGUUAGGAGCUGUGGAAUCACUGCCGGAAUGACACCUCCUCCACGAUAUGUCUCGAGAGUUUGCUCUCUUAUAUGUGCACUCAUGCCCAUUCUCACAUUGUACUUUGGGAAUAUUGAUAUUUCAGUGACAUCUGCUGCAUUUGUUGUGGCUAUGGCAUUGCUCAUGCAAAGGGGAAACCCUCGGUUUGCUCAGCUUAGCAGUACCAUGUUUGGGUUAUUUUAUUGCGGCUACCUCCCUUGUUUCUGGGUUAAGCUCAGAUGUGGUUUAGCAGCUCCUUCCUUGAAUACUAGAAUAGGAGCUGGAUGGCCUUAUCUUCUUGGUGGCCAAGCUCAUUGGACAGUAGGCCUUGUGGCAACCUUGAUUUCUUUCAGCAGCAUAAUAGCAGCAGAUACAUAUGCCUUUUUGGGUGGAAAGGCCAUUGGCAGGAUACCACUUACUAAUAUAAGUCCAAAGAAGACAUGGGAAGGAGCUAUCGUUGGCUUGGGUGGUUGUAUGGCAACUUCUGUAUUAUUGUCAAAGAUUUUAAGCUGGCCAGCCUCUUUGCUAAGUGCAAUAGCCUUUGGGAUUCUCAACUUCUUUGGAUCUGUUUUUGGUGAUCUUACUGAAUCUUUGAUCAAGCGCGAUGCUGGUGUCAAGGACUCUGGCUCCCUUAUACCUGGUCAUGGUGGAAUACUUGACAGAGUGGAUAGUUACAUAUUCACAGGUGCACUCGCAUACUCUUUCAUCAAAAUCUUUUUACCGCUCUACGGAGUUUGAUACGUAAAUUUUGAUCAAUAGCACAAGAGAGGAUAGAAGAUGGAAUGUAUUCCAUGUUUAUAUACAUA